AUGUUAGGAGCGGUUUCGGACACGCUCACGGAUGCAGGACACGAUUUGGUUAGUCGGAAAUUCCGCAAAGCCUUCUAAAAACGUCGAUUCUAGACAGUUCUGAUGCCGGCUGUCGACAUCAAACAGUACAACAAGACGGCGAUGAAAUCGACGAAGAAGAUCAUAAAAGUCGAGCCGGGACAGGAAACGACAAAGACGUUGGAGACGAUGCAAGAGUUCAUGACACAACUCUGGACCGUCGACACUUCCAAUCCGCUUUUCAUGGCUUUUGUAAUGGUUUCGAUGAAUUUGCGCACGUAAACCGGGCUGUAAAUGUUCAGCACGCGCCCGCAAUGUCCGCCAUAUUCGCGACGCAGUGCAGAAAAGUGAUGGAAGAUGGGCAGUUGUUGGACACGUUGAAAGCCGAGAACUUUGACCUCGCCAUCACGGAACCCUUCGACACUUGUGCCUAUGGUGGGUCUCUGUUUCACCCCCCUCUCACGGAACCCCAGCAAUUCACGUGCGCUAAACAAGGCGCCUAACGCGUAAUUUCGGAGCGUCGUUGUAGAGUUUCUCAUUCCAAUUUUCCCGUUUUUUUGCAUUAUCCCCAUCUUUUCAGAACCAAUCAGUGUCAAAACUUAUGAGAAUGAUUGGAAAUGAAUAAAAAAUGAAAUUUUAACUGCUUCGUCAUCAAUUUCGAAACGUUUUAUGUGAAAAUUACAGAAUUUUUUCCUUUUGGAAUCGAAAAUUUGCCUCAAUUAUCUCAAUUCUGUAUAUUUUUCGACGGUUGAGCGCUUAAAAGAUGCGCAAUAAACUCCUUGUUUGACUGGACGGUUCGAAUGACAGUGUUCGAACUCGAUUCGGCAAAUGUUCGUUAAAACUCCGUUUUUUUUCAGUAGUUUUCGACAAAAUCCCUCAAUUUGGUCAAUUCUGAACGAAUCUGCUCCGUUUCGCGCUUAAAUCGAUUCUUUUAACUCGCAAAGAACAAAAUUUGAGUGUUGAUUAAGAGAAAAACGAACGAAUUCUGGUUUUCAAUUGAAAAAAGAGACUCCGAGUCGACGGUGGAUGCAAGCGCGCCCCAUUGACAACUCGCGUGCGCAUUGGAAUGCUGGGGUUCCGUGACGCCUCUAAAUCGACGCGCUAAAAAACGAUUGCAGCGCUGUUCGAGGCGAUUUCGGUGCGAGCCCACGUGGCAGUGCUCUCAUGCUCCCGUCUCGAUCACGUAUCCGCAGCGAUCGGACAGCCGAUCGCGGCGAGUUACGUGCCCGGCACACAAUCGAGCUACGGAGAGCGGAUGACGACGUGGCAGCGAUUCAUGAACUCACUUCAGUUCAUCAUGGGCAACCAUCUGUUCGCCUACAUUGGCGACAAGAACUAUGAGGCCGUCAAGGAUAUUGUGCACAUCAAACGGAGUUGGCGGGUGAGCAGUGUUGUUUUUCGAGCUGUUUACACAUCGAAAAUAUUAUUUUUUUUUGCCGCGUCGAAAGUCUCCGAAAACCCGCAAAUCUCGCGGAUUUUGCAGUCCAAAGUCGGCAGAAAUUUGCGGGAAAUCCGGGGUGCGCACAGCUGAACGAGUGUUACCGUACACCAUAAAACUACGGUAUUUUUUGAAAAUUUACCCAAGAAAUUUGAAAAUUUUCAAAUAUUCUCGAGAAAUUUAAAUUUUUCCAAAAAAUACCGUUGAAAAUUUACCCAAGAAAUUUGAAAAAUUUCAAAUAUUCUCGAAAAAUUUAAAUUUUUUCAAAAAAUACCGUUGAAAAUUUACCCAAGAAAUUUGAAAAAUUUCAAAUAUUCUCGAGAAAUUUAAAUUUUUUCAAAAAAUACCGUAGUUUUAUGGUGUACGGUAACACUCGUUCAGCUGUGCGCACCCCGGACUGCAAAAUCCGCGAGAUUUGCGGGUUUUCCGAGACUUUGGACGCGGCAUUUAGGAAGUCCUUCCGGAAGCCUCGUACAUCUUCACCAACCACAUCCCUCUCAUGGACUUCCCGGCGCCAACUUUCGACAAAAUCGUUCCGAUCGGUGGAAUUUCUGUGCAAACUCAACGAAAAGCGCUUCAACUCCCAGCGAAAUGGGAUCGAAUUUUGGCGCUUCGUAAGAGAAACGUGCUCAUCUCGUUCGGUUCAAACGCCAAAUCCGUUGACAUGCCGGAGGAGUUCAAGUGAGCCAAAAGCCAAGAUUCCCGAGCACCGUAUCUUUCAGACAAAACAUACUAAACGUUGCGGAAAGUAUGCCGGACGUCACGUUCAUUUGGAAGUACGAAAAUGAGAAGGAAACAUUGGCGGAUCACGUGGACAACCUGUUUUUGGGCGAAUGGCUUCCGCAGAACGAGUUGCUCGGUGAGUGUUUUGUGUACGUGUUGUUUUUCGAUCGCAAUACGCACGGUCUCCCACGGCGCGAAUGAUUUCAAUGGGGCGCACUUGCAACAGGCGGGCUGUGUCGAUUUACGCGGCGGCCGAUUAAUUAAUUUUCAACGGGAGUUCGCAUUCUUUCCAUGUUUUCUGUACAAUACACCUAUUUUUUUGUACGCCUGGAACCUGGAUUCGAAUAAUUAGAGCACUAGCGUUUUGGCAACAGAAAUCUCGCAUAUCGUUGAGAAUUAGCCGAGUUAUUUCGAUUUGAAGGUUUUGGCCUGGAUUUUGAUGUUUUUCGAAUAGUUUUCGAAAACUGCUCAAGAAAACUAACCGCCGGAACCUGAAUUUUGUGAAGAAAGAUUCAGCGAACAUUUUUAUCGUUCGUUGCGCUCAUGAAAUGCAAAAUGAGCUGAAAUAUAAAGGUUUGAAGUUUUGACGAAAUGCGAAAAAAACGCUGAAAAAUAACGGUUUCCAAUCGGUAAAAUAUUGUUUUCUAGACGUUUUUCAAGUCAAAAAGAAAGAAAUAAUGGUCGUAAACUCGAAUUGAACUCCAUUCUUAGACCUGCAAAUUUUCAAAAGUUACAACGACACUCCGCAAUUUACGAGCGCACUGUGUUUAGCAUUAGCGCCCCCUGGGAGACCGUGCAAUGCUCUUCAUUUACAGGCGAUCCUCGGCUGACCGUAUUCCUAACUCACGGCGGAUUGGCCAGUGUCACCGAGUUGGCGUUGAUGGGAAAACCGGCGGUUAUGGUGAGUUGCCUGACGAAUGAUUUGCGAUUUUUCAAUAUCCCAAACAGGUUCCCUUGUUCGCCGACCAGACUAGAAACGCGGAAAUGCUCAAAAGACACGGCGGAGCGGCGGUCCUUCAUAAAUCCGACCUGGCCAGUGCGGAGACGGUUAGACGUACACUGAAAGAAGUGAUGGAGAACGAGAAGUGAGCAAUUUGGCUGAAUAUUUGAUUUAGGAGAAUAUUUGAACGAAUUUUUCAGGUAUCAGAGGAAUGCGGAGCGGUUUGCCGAAAUGCUGAACAACCAGCCGACGAAUCCGAAGGAGACUCUCGUCAAAUACGUGGAAUUCGCGGCCAGAUUCGGAAAACUGCCGUCGCUCGAUCCGUACGGCCGUCAUCAGACCUACAUCGAAUACUUUUUCCUCGACAUUAUCGCCAUUUCGCUUUUCGUUGUGCUCACUGCCGUUUAUGCGUCUUUCCGUCUUGUUCGUUGUGCUUUCCGAUCUGUUUUCAGUGUGAGAAAGGUGAAAAAUGAGUGAUUGUAAAGUGGAAGGAUUAUAAUAAAUGUGUGAACAUCUCUUAAAAGUUACGUAACUUCGGUAUUCAGAAAGAACCCCUGUAUUUCCAUAAAACCCUUGUACUUUCAUGGAAAGUACUGUGCAAGCAAGCACAUUAUUAAGGCGACAAUCUCUAGUAUUGUCCGUUUCCCGAAUCGCUCUGGCCGCUGUCUAGACUCGAGGCGUUUUGUCCGAUCGGCCAGGAGACGGAUCUGAUUGUUAAGCGCGUUGGCCGACUAUUGAAUGUUGUUCCAAACGCGUCGUGUGUACUAACUACAUAGUGUUCCCUCCCCACUUCUCUGCGUCAAUUCCGUCUUUCUCUCUCGCGCGGGACCUUCUAUUGUCUCUUCAUUCAUUUGUUGUACUCCGAAUGCCCUACCGGCGCGUUCUUAUACGUUUGCUAUUGUGUUAGACCCUCCUCAACCUGAUUAUUAUCGAUCAUAAUAACUUCGAGUUCGGCUCAAGCACGCACAACUCGGUCCGUUCCGCGCGAACGCAUUCAAUCGAUUCGGCAUCUGCGUUCGUGCCAUCUGCCCCCCCGUCUGCCGCCCGUGGGGGAACACCAAACACCAACUGUUCCCUGCGGGCGGAGGGACCACACAAAUGACCUUAUGGCCCACAUCCUACCCUUUGGCCUUCUCCCCCUCAAACCAAUCUUAUCGUGUGGGCGAACACACACACGCACACACACAUACAACUCUUCGCGUUCAUUCUAUGAUAGAUUAGAUAGUGUCUGAUUUUUGAUAUUGUUCAUUAUUAUUGUUAUUGUCCGCAUCUUGUAGACUCUCAUUUCCACACGACGUUGUGGCCGUGGCCUAGAAAGCUCUGGUGUGAUCUCAAACUCCGUUAGUUCAGAGUUGAGCCGAAGAACUCAACGGAAGAACACGGAAGAAUUUUUAUCUUUUUUAGAAAAUUUUUUCAUGAAAUUUGAUCAACUGACGAAAUGUAUAGCAAAGUGAACUGUGCUCAUAGAAAAAUACUUGUAAAUUUACGUUUUCAUACAAAAAAGUUAUUCGAGUUGUUCCGUGAAAAAGGGGGUGAACGAAUAACAACUCGAAUAACUUUUUUGUAUGAAAAAAUAAAUUUACAAUUAUUUUUCUACGAGCAGAAUUCAUUUUGCUGUACAUUUCGUCAGUUGAUCACAUUUCAUGAAAAAAUUUUCUAAAAAAGAUAAAAAUUCUUCCGUGUACCGCGCGCGCAGUCAACGUUGUGGCCGUGGCCCAUUGCAGUUUGAGAUCACACCAGAGCUUUCUAGGCCACGGCCACAACGUUGACUGCGCGCGCGGUACACGGAAGAAUUUUUAUCUUUUUUAGAAAAUUUUUUCAUGAAAUUUGAUCAACUGACAAAAUGUAUAGCAAAGUGAACUGUGCUCAUAGAAAAAUAAUUGUAAAUUUAACUUUUCAUACAAAAAAGUUAUUCGAGUUGUUCCGUGAAAAAUGGGGUGAACGAAAAACAACUCGAAUAACUUUUUUGUAUGAAAAGCUAAAUUUACAAUUAUUUUUCUAUGAGCACAGUUCAAUUUGCUCUACAUUUCGUCAGUUGAUCACAUUUCAUGAAAAAAUUUUCUAAAAAAGAUAAAAAUUCUUCCGUGAGUUCUUCCGCUCAACUCUGCGCCGCGGUUCCGUUUAUAAACAGAGUUAUAGGCCCCCCUUCAAACAUGAACAACUCGGCAUUUCGAACGUUUGAAGCACUACCCGCAAUGCCGUUAGGUAUCAUUUUAAACCAUCUGAACCCGAUUCAAGUGUAAGUGCGCCACUAUUCCGACAAUUUCGCGCCGACUUUUGCUUUUUUCUAGAAUCGCUGGCGCACUUUUAUCGAAAAAGUGUGAGCCUGAAUCGGUGCUGAGUCUGAAUAGACGAAACUUGUCGCCGAAAAUCAUUCUGGACGCUGGACGAAUCACCUACGAGAAUGAGUUGGCGUUGGUGUAUGUUCAGUUCAAGGACGAGAGGGAUCCGAAGAACUUUGCGCUCUCAUUGCAACUCCCGAACGCGGCGUUUCCGGAUUUGGAGCAGAGCUAUGGUUUGAGCGAGAACUAUUAUCAUGGGUAGGCGGAAAUACUGUAUGCCGCGUCCAAAGUCCCGGAAAACGCGCAAAUCUCGCGGAUUUUGCAGUCCAAAGUCGGCAGAAAUUUGCGGGAAAUCCGGGGUGCGCACAGCUGAACGAGUGUUACCGUACACCAUAAAACUACGGUAUUUUUUGAAAAUUUACCCAAGAAAUUUGAAAAAAAUUUCCAAUAUUCUCGAGAAAUUUAAAUUUUUUUCAAAAAAAUACCGUUGAAAAAUUCACCCAAAAAAAUUUGAAAAAUUUUCAAAUAUUCUCGAGACAUUUAAAUUUUUUCAAAAAAUACCGUUGAAAAUUUACCCAAGAAAUUUGAAAAAUUUCAAAUAUUCUCGAGAAAUUUAAAUUUUUUCAAAAAAUACCGUUGAAAAUUUACCCAAGAAAUUUGGAAAAAUUGCAAAUAUUCUCGAUAAAUUUAAAUUUUUUCAAAAAAUACCGUUGAAAAUUUACCCAAGAAAUUUGAAAUAUUUCAAAUAUUCUCGAGAAAUUUAAAUUUUUUCAAAAAAUACCGUAGUUUUAUGGUGUACGGUAACACUCGUUCAGCUGUGCGCACCCCGGAUUUCCCGCAAAUUUCUGCCGACUUUGGACUGCAAAGUCCGCGAGAUUUGCGGCGUUUCCGAGACUUUGGACGCGGCAGUAUAAAGUUAGUUACUCUUUUAUGUGUUUCAGAACUCGAUCGAUCAUCUGCAAGUCGAACUCAAUGGAGACGUUGGGAAAACAAUUCGAGCAUUUUCUGAAGCUCAUCUCCGACUCAUUCCCCUCGUUCCAACUGAAGACGGUCACGUUUGAGUGGAGUAGAAUGCAACGGUUCCUGCCGAACUUGAGAAGCGCGCUCGAAAAGUAUGAUGUCAAAAGUGUGGAAAUCACGUACGAAGAGCACUCUCUUGACGGAAACCAACUCUUGGCGUUGCUGUCGAGUGGAAAAUCGAUCGACGGUGUGCAGUUCCAUCCGGUUCCGAUCAUGGACAACCGCAAAACGGCGUGGUUGACCGAGAGACAGUUCAUCGCGCUCAACUUUCGGAGCAUCGAAUUCUUGUUUCCGACGUUCAACAUCAUUCCCUACUUCAAGGCGUUCUUGCGAAACUGGAUGGCCGGGCGGAGCCGGGGAGUCGAACAACUUGAGCUUCACUUCAACCCAUUUCAAAACGUGCGUCCGAACAUGAAUGACAUUGUGCACGGACUCGGCGCAGUCGCCUGGAACCAAGCACUAAGGGACAAAAAGUACAUGUAAGUGCGAUUGCCCAAACGCGUACAUAUCAGAGAUGUUGGGAAUUCCGUGUUCCGUGUUCCGCGUUUUUUUUCAAUAUUUUUCCCGUGUUCCGUGUUCCGUAAAAAUUCCGUGUUCCGUGUUCCGUAAAAAUUUUUCCGUUUUCCGUGUUCCGUGUUCCGUAAAAAAAUUUUUUCCGUUUUUCCGUGUUCCGUGUUCCGUAAAAAUUUUUCCGUUUUCCGUGUUCCGUGUUCCGUAAAAAAAAUUUUCCGUUUUCCGUGUUCCGUGUUCCGUAAAAAAAAAAUUUUCCGUUUUCCGUGUUCCGUGUUCCGUAAAAAAAAAAUUUUCCGUUUUCCGUGUUCCGUGUUCCGUAAAAAAAAAUUUUCCGUUUUCCGUGUUCCGUGUUCCGUAGAGUAAAAUUUUUAUUCCCAACAUCUCUGGUACAUAUUUGACUCAUAUUUCAGGAAGGAACGCUAUCCACCGUACCACCUCACGUUCAUCGACUUGUCCCGGGGACGCGACCUGAUCCGAGCCGACGGGAUCGUCGGAACCGUCCACACUUACGAGUACGAAGGCUCGACCGUACUCGCAUUCUACGUGUGGACCGAGCUGUUUCCGAUGCGCACUCGAACGGCGCCGCUGAAAGCGCGGCGUGACGAGGCGAAACGCUACCUGGCGGAGGUGGAUCAGCGGAUCGCGCACGAGGUGGCAGCGGCGCGGGGACGCAGCUACGAGCAGUUCUGUCCCGUCGGCCAGAAGAUCAUUGACGAGUCGGAAAUUCGGAAUCGCAUCGAGUUUACGCUUAACGCUUACGAAUCGUGACCAGUUUUUGUUUCAUCUUUUUGUAUGGUAAUAAAUGUUUGAUUAUGUCUAUCAUUUUGCACGUGAACUGGCCCAUUUUUAAUCCAACAAACCACCAAAAAACACCCCGGGAAAAAAACGGAGAUUGAAAGUCUGGAACAGACACUCUUAUCGGCGAACACUUCAUUCUCAGUUUUAUUCUGCGAUCUUGUGUAUUCGGUGAGUUGCGCCUUUUUUUUGCUCGUCUCCAAGUUGUUUUUUUUCGUCUCAUUUCCAGAAAGAAACAUGGCGGAGAACAGUGACACAUUGCUACACCUCGCCCGUCUGGGAUACAAUGUGCUGACGCCGAUCGUGCUUGCCGGAUACGCCGUCGCGCAGUGCGGUGGAAAGGUUUCACAAACGUUCGCGCAACCGUUCUCGUCAUUUUUGUUUUCGGGUUGCAGAAGAAUAAAGCUGGCGAGGCGGGCAGUGGGCCUGGCGGCGCCGAUGGAGCCGACGAGUCGCCGAAGCCCGAUGAGAAGAAGGAUGGGGAGAAGUCGGCGGCGGCUCCGCCUGCUCCGAAACCCGAUGCUCACAAAGCUCCGGCCGACAAGGACGCGGUGGCCGGCACGCACGACCCCAACUACCAGACUCUGGCCGGUGUCGACGCCAAUGUGUUCGCACAGAAGGACGGUGGAGCAAAGCCGGCUGGCGGCGGAGGAGCUCCUGCUGCUGCUGCUGCUGCCGGUGCUCCCAAGGCCGGCGGACCCGGAAUGGCCGGCACUCACGACCCGAACUACCAAACGUUGGCCGGAAUCGGAAACGACUGCUUCGAAAAGAAGGAGGGCGGCGCGAAGCCGGCUGCCGGAGGUGCGGCUCCGGCGGCCGGUGCUCCAAAGGCCGGAGGACCUGGAAUGGCGGCGACGCACGAUCCGAACUACCAGACUCUGGCGGGCAUCGGAAACGACUGCUUCCAGAAGAAGUGA